AUGCCUAAGGAAAUUCAGGAUGUUAAAGAGUUCCUCUCACUCAUGAAGGGUAGUGAAGCUUAAGGCAAGGACGCCAACAAAGAACCAAAAAAGAAUCUCUACAUCAAGGAGUCCAAGAAGAUCACCAAAUUCAAGUUGAGAGGAAAGAAAUACCUCUUCACCUUCAAAACAGCUGAUAAGAAUAAGGCCUCAAGGAAUUCAAUAAACACUCCCAUAAAAUGUCAACAAAAUAGUUAUUGGUGCAGGUGGAAAGAAACAAUAAACCAAAAAGAAGUAAAAGAAAUGAACGCUGAUUUAUUACAUAUUCAAUAGUACAUUAUCUAAGAGCAUUUAUUUAAUUUUUUAUUUUUAAUGUCAAGUUUUCACAAUAGUCACAAUAGUGAGGUUCAUUCCCCCAGAAUCAAACCCAAAUUAACAGAAGAUCAGAAAUUCCAUCUCAUCAAUCAAUUCUUCGUUAAAAAACUCAAAUUCCCGACCCUCACUAAUGCAAUCAUAGACGAAGCCAUCAGUCAGGAUCUUUAUGCCAUUCGAUGA